UCGAAUAUGGGCUCCAGCCUCCAGAUCCAAAUACUGUUAUGACAACACAGUUCACACAGAGAGGGAAAGAGCGCGCUAGAGAGAUUGAGAGAGAUUUGAUUGGAUCCGUUGGAGAGUUGUACAGAGAGAGAUGAAGAUCUUAAAGUUGGCAUUCGCAGUUGCUUUAGCUUCCGGUUUGGCAGCAAUUCUCAUCUAUAUCACCGGUCUCUCCAAUUUCAAUUCGACAUUACGUCUUUCUGACAAGGAUUUGGAAGCGUUACAGUCUCUACAGAGUAGCUUUCAGAAAUGUGUGAAUGCAAAUGGAUUAGGUUUACAAGCUGUAACUGGUGGCAAUUAUUGUGAGGUUACACUCAAGUUUCCCAGCAAAACUGUCCCAAAGUGGAAAGAUCCAAAAACAGGAGAACUUGAGGGACUGUCAUAUCAGUUGAACUUAUGUGAAGCUGUGGCUACAUGGGAACAGGUCAGAAACAGUACCACAGUACUGACAAGAGAGUACAUUGAUAAUCUACCAAAUGGAUGGGAGGACUAUGCCUGGAAAAGGAUUAACAAGGGCAUACAGCUGAACCGGUGUGAGAAUAAAACACUAUGCAUGGAGAAACUUUCUCUAGUACUCCCUGAUAUACCACCCUUAUUCCCAAGGCAGUAUGACCGAUGCGCUGUUAUUGGUAACUCAGGAGACCUUCUCAAAACAAAAUUUGGAAAGGAAAUAGAUAGUUAUGAUGCCGUCUUCAGGGAAAAUGGAGCUCCAAUUCAGAACUACACUGAAUAUGUAGGCUCGAAAAGUACAUUUCGACUUCUCAAUAGGGGUUCUGCUAAAGCUCUUGAUAAAGUAGCUGAACUAUAUGAUGCUGGCAAGGAGACCUUGAUCAUUAAAACAACGAUACAUGAUAUCAUGAACCAAAUGAUUCGAGAAGUUCCAAUUCUCAAUCCUGUAUACCUAAUGUUGGGCGCAUCCUUUGGUUCAGCAGCAAAAGGAACGGGACUAAAGGCCCUUGAAUUUGCUCUUUCCAUCUGUGAAUCAGUGGACAUGUAUGGUUUUACUGUUGAUCCAGGCUAUAAAGAAUGGACCAGAUAUUUCUCAGAGUCGAGACAGGGUCAUACCCCACUGCAGGGAAGGGCUUACUAUCAAAUGAUGGAAUGCUUAGGGCUUAUUAAAAUACAUUCUCCAAUGCGGCCGGAUCCAAAUCGUGUAGUGGAGUGGUUACCUAGCCGCAGCUUGAUAACUGCUGCCAGAGUGGUGUCUGAGAAAUUAUUAAGGAGGGUUGGUGCCGGAUAUAUGGAUCCUUUGGCUGCAUGUUCGAUCAUUGCAAAGCAAGUUAAAGGAAAGGUUAGGGACAUGUCAAGCAUGAGACAAGCUGCUAUAGAGCACCAAAAAUAUGUGAAAGGAGCCAUCUUGUACCCCUUGGAGCAUGAUCCAGGACACGGGCAACUCUGCACAGUGCCAUCGAGCCAAUCAUAACUAUUCCAUCGGACCAAUUAUUCUUGAAUUUGCUUAAUCCGAUUUCGGGGAUAUACACUUCUAUAUCACCUUAAAGUGGUUGGUGAGUAGGAACUCACCCGGUAAUCCUUGUCACAUAUGCCAUGGCCGAAAAUGCCAUCUGUAUGCUCCAUGGUUUAGUCUGCAAGUCAUCUUUUCCCUUUGCAAGAAGGAUUAUAUAUAGAAGAUUUAAUCAAGUAUUGACUGUCCAAACAAUGUGCAUAAUUUGAGCUUUUUCCUUGAUCAAUGGCGGCUCUGGGCAAAUAUAGUGUAGCAUAUAGCUUAGUAUUUGUAGUUUAUUGAAAAGGAUAGACCCAUAUUUGUUCUUGGGUACAAAUGUAACAUUUUCAAUGUAAGCACAAAUUUUACAUGUUCCGAAUGGAUAAUGCAAUUUGAAGAGCUUUCUUAAAUCAA